CCUUUUUUGUGUGAGUGCAAUGCUUUUUCCCCUCCUUCUGUAGAAAAUCUGCUUGCCACAGACAGGCAGAGCAUGUGUUUCUCUUGUCUUGGUUGGAUGCACAAAUCUUCUUUUAUGUGUGCUGCUUCUUACCCUGUUGCCUAGACGAUCGCUGGCUUUCACUAAGAAUGUCUGGUUCUCGUAAAGAGUUUGACGUGAAGCAGAUUUUAAAAAUCAGAUGGAGGUGGUUUGGUCAUCAGGCAUCAGCCCCGAACUCUGCAACUGAAAACCAUCAGGGAGACUUCUGGAACAGAGGACAAAAUGUAACAACUGGUGGCAGGAAGUUUUUAGAUUCGGGUAACUUGCCUUUAACAUCAGUUGGUUACAGAAGGUCCAGCCAACAGGAUUUCCAGAAUUCACCUCUUUGGCCAAUGGCAUCCGCCUCAGAAAUCCCUACAUUUGAAUUCUCAGCAGAAGACUGUGGAGGUGCACGUUGGCUUGACAGACAAGAAACAGAUGAUAGAGCAAGUGAAGAAGAAAAUGAAUCGGACAGCAGCUCGUGCAGCAGAACCUCCAACAGCAGUCACACCUUAUCAUCUUGUCAAACAAUGGAGCCCUGUACCUCAGAUGAAUUUUUUCAGGCUCUCAACCAUGCUGAACAAACUUUUAAAAAGAUGGAGAAUUAUCUGAGACACAAUCAGCUGUGUGAUGUGGUGUUAGUUGCUGGUGAUCGUAGAAUUCCAGCUCACAGAUUGGUUCUCUCCUCUGUUUCGGACUACUUUGCAGCAAUGUUCACUAAUGAUGUAAGGGAGGCAAGACAGGAAGAAAUCAAGAUGGAAGGUGUGGAGCCAAAGGCAUUGUGGGCUCUGGUUCAAUAUGCAUAUACAGGUCGCCUUGAAUUAAAAGAAGACAACAUUGAGUGCCUGUUGUCUACAGCUUGCCUUCUUCAGCUCUCUCAGGUUGUAGAAGCAUGCUGUAAAUUCCUAAUGAAGCAGCUUCACCCGUCCAAUUGCCUUGGAAUCCGAUCUUUUGCUGAUGCGCAGGGUUGCACUGACUUGCACAAGGUGGCUCACAAUUACACCAUGGAAAACUUCAUGGAAGUAAUUAGAAAUCAGGAAUUUCUGUUGUUGCCAGCCACUGAAAUUGCUAAACUUUUAGCAAGUGAUGACAUGAAUAUUCCUAAUGAAGAAACUAUACUGAAUGCACUACUUACGUGGGUUCGACAUGAUUUGGAACAGAGAAGGAAAGAUCUCAGUAAACUCCUGGCUUACAUUAGACUGCCUCUGCUUGCUCCACAAUUUUUGGCAGACAUGGAGAACAACGCACUCUUUAGGGAUGACAUUGAAUGUCAAAAACUCAUUAUGGAAGCAAUGAAGUACCAUCUGUUGCCAGAGAGACGACCUAUGUUGCAAAGCCCUCGCACCAAACCUAGAAAAUCUACAGUGGGCGUUUUGUUUGCAGUUGGAGGAAUGGAUGCAACAAAAGGAGCUACAAGCAUUGAAAAAUACGAACUUCGUACCAACACAUGGACUCCAGUUGCAAACAUGAAUGGACGAAGAUUACAGUUUGGAGUUGCAGUCUUAGAUGACAAAUUGUUUGUUGUUGGUGGCAGAGAUGGACUGAAAACAUUGAAUACUGUGGAGUGCUACAACCCUAGAUCAAAAACUUGGAGUGUAAUGCCACCGAUGUCCACUCAUCGUCACGGUCUUGGAGUAGCUGUGUUGGAAGGCCCCAUGUAUGCCGUAGGAGGACACGAUGGCUGGAGCUACCUGAAUACAGUAGAAAGAUGGGAUCCACAGGCUCGCCAGUGGAACUUUGUAGCUAGCAUGUCAACUCCCAGGAGCACCGUCGGUGUAGCAAUAUUAAAUGGAAAGCUUUAUGCAGUUGGUGGUCGAGAUGGAAGUUCUUGUCUUAAGUCAGUAGAAUGUUUUGAUCCUCAUACAAACAAAUGGACUCUCUGUGCUCAGAUGUCAAAAAGAAGAGGUGGUGUAGGUGUAACCACCUGGAAUGGGUUCUUGUAUGCAAUAGGUGGCCACGAUGCUCCAGCAUCCAACUUAACAUCCAGGCUGUCAGACUGCGUGGAAAGGUAUGAUCCCAAAACAGACAUGUGGACUGCUGUGGCCUCUAUGAGCAUUAGCAGAGAUGCAGUGGGAGUGUGUCUUCUUGGUGACAAGUUGUAUGCUGUUGGAGGAUAUGAUGGGCAAACAUAUCUUAACACCGUGGAGUCUUAUGAUCCCCAGACAAAUGAAUGGACACAGGUUGCACCUUUGUGCUUAGGAAGAGCUGGAGCAUGUGUUGUGACUGUAAAACUCUGAAUUAAUUUCUCUGGGAAGGUGACAUUCUCCUGUUUAGACUCAGAGGAUUACUUUUUCCUCAAGCAAACUACAAGUGCACCACUCAACACCAAGUGCAGGACAUCUACCACAGCGAAGUGUUUGGUCUGAAGCUGACAUGAUGUUCUUAUGGACCAAUAUUAAGCACUUUUAAAAAACUUUUGUUAUGCAUAUGUUACAAGAAUUCUACUUGUAAGAAAGUCAACUGCAACCUGCCCGUUGGCAGUAGAGGACUUCUGUUUAGGACAUGCUAAGAAAAUGAGUGAACUCAGUAUCAUAAUCAAAUGUUAUGGUUCCGGGGCCUUGAUUUCCCUAAAUGCAAAGCAAUGAUGCUAUAAAUGGAUAUACUUUGAUAUAGUUGGGUCUGUCUCUGGAUGAAACAAGUUAUAGGAUUGGACCCCAUAGAUUUAAUUUGCCUGUAAUAAAUGCAAAUAAGUAUCUGAGUAACUACAAGGCAGGCUAGCAAACCAAUGCAAACUGUUGUAAAUGGCAGGUGUAAUGCCUGCCUUGGAAAUGAAGUUGUGUAUUUGGUGAAUCUUUUGCACUUUUUAGCAUCAUUCCUAGUUUAGCAAACUUUUUAUUUAACCAAAGCCUUAUUUUAAAUAUUGUCUUAUGCUAACAGAAACCUGCUAUUUAAUAAUUUCUGGCAGAUAUUUUUGACAUCCAGUGUACUUUUUGGAUUUUCAAAGUUGUUAUGCAAGAUGCAGAACAUCAUACCUUUUCCUCUGCUUUGGUUCUUGUAUUUACUUUGCUGUUUGUGUGCAUUAUUGGAAGAAUUCUAAAGUGUGAUUAACAAUUAACCAAUAUAAGUUUAAUAUUUGCACUUUGGAAUUUUUGAAGCAUUCCAUUACAUCUAGACUAAUUACAUUUUUAAAUGAGGCUUUGCACUACUAUGAGAAGUAUAAUUUUAUAAGAUGAAGAAACUGUCUGUCUUUCCUGUAAGGUUAUUUAAAAAUGUAAAGGGCCCAAUCCUGCCAGAUGCUCAGCUGCCACCAUUGAAGCAUGUUCAGCAUCUUACAGGACAGCGAAGUGUUCCUCGCAGGGCUCUAUCAAAUUAGUUACCUUAUUUAACAGUUACCUAAUUUUUUAAGAUACUUCAUAAUUUGCCUUUCUCGAGCCCUCUGCUGUUACACCGAAUUGCUUUGAACGGUCUAAAUGUUCUCGGGAGAAGUCUUUUUGUAUUUGCUUUUACGUGCCUUGUCCCUUAUGUUUCCCGAAUAUCACCGCGCGUGAAAAACGGGAAGAUGUGAACUCAUUGAAUGUUUUGGGUUUGUUUUUUUUUUUUUUAAAGUUUGAAGUGCCCGAUACCCAAAGUCCUUUGUACAUUUGUAAUUUCAAACACGUGUUUUAACGCUCUCGGCGAACUAUUUAUUGUUUUAAAAGAAAUCGGUGACACUUUGUGAUGAAGCUUUGCAGUUGGAAUACAGCUGAUCUCAAGAGGC